GAUGUCUCUUCCUCUCCUCGUGCCCCCAAAGCCCCUCUUUCCAUCUCCCGGGCCCCUCCUCCCCAGCCAUUGCUCACUUGCUCUAGAUCCAUCCCCAAUUCUUUUGAGGAAUUUGUUUCUAGCUAGUUGAUCCAUGCCUGUUCUAUGUGUAGGAACUAGGAAGAGGAAUGGCAUGCAUUAGUCAUAUCCUGGGAGCAAGAGUUGGAAUGCUGCCACAGUGCGCUUCUCCUUUCGUUUCUCUAGCAUUUGGCCACAAGCGUAGUUCUUCUGGAGCUGUUGUUGCAAAGGCAUUGCAUUGUUGCAAGUCAUGAAGAAUUUGAUGUGGCAAUUAAUGCCUGUCCGGAGAAAGAUUUGAAGCGACUGGAUUCCAGGAUAUUGUUGCAUUUAUUCGUUCAUAAGAAACGGCAAAGGGAGGGAGAGGGAGAAGGGAAGCACCCAAGAUUCAAGAAGAGCACACUGGCGCUGCACUAGGCUCUGAAAGAUUUGAGUUUGAAAUUUUUGUUCUUGUGUGGAGCGGUGGAGGCAUGAAGAGCGGCAGCUCCGCCGCCGCGCCGGCCGCCGGCGGCAACAGCCUGGCGAUCGCCGAGCGGCAGAAGCCGGCGCCGUCGUGCGUGGCGUCGCUGUUCCAGAUGCUCGCCAAGAGGAAGCUCUUCUCCUCUUCCUCCAAGAAGACCAAGCUGCUCCCCCCAGUUCGCACACAGAAGUUCUCCCCAGGGAGACUACCUGCCGGCGGCGAGAAGACGCCGGCGGCCAAGAUGAGGACUCUCCUGCUUGAUUCUCCGUACAAUCCAAAUGAAGUUACCAGUCGUUUGUCACCGCCUGGCCAAAACAACAGACGCAGUGAAAUGUGCACACCUGGUGUGGUAGCCCAGCUAAUGGGCCUCAGCUCAAUGCCGGCCACCAGCCAUCAUCAGAAGGCAGCCAAAGCCAUUGAUGCCUCCGAGCUUGGUGGUCACCGGAAUGAAUGCUCCUACAGAAGCAUACACAACUCGCAUCAGAAGCCAGGGCAGCUCAGAGAUGGCCGGCAUGACAAUGGCAGUCACUGCAAUGCAGAUGUGCAGCCGUCGUGGUCACGGAAGCAUGCGCACAAGGUAGCAUCACCUAUCAAGAGUCCGAGAUCAAUUUCAGGCAGGAACAAGGCUCGAUUGAUUGAAGCAGCAGUCAAGGUGCUGGAACCUGGUUUACAAUCCAGGCAUCGGAGACAUGCUCGCCUGGAGUAUAGAUGCAAUGACAAUGGCGUGCAAGGUGUUGCUGGAGACAUGCAUAAAUUCUCUGAUCAAUUCUCAAGAGAAAUGUGUGAUGUCGAUGCAUCAAGGUCAGGUGCUCAAGAUGCAGGAGCUACCUCUCUGCACAAAACUACUUCUAAUCAGUGGUCUGAAGAAGAGACAAAGAGGAAUGCUUCUGUUAGGAGGCCAAACCAGAGCAUACCAUGUCAAGCACAAUCUGAAGGAAACCAUAAGGGUCAGAGGAAUGGAUUUAAGGACGAUGCUCAGAGAACAUCCGAUGCAAGUCAAGGUGCCCAAAAAAUGCAGCCAAAGAACAUAUCCCGAGAGAAUGUCGCUUGUAGACCUCUCAAACAGAACAAUCUGAAGCAGAAUGCAUUGCCUGAAACUUAUAGGGCAGCAGAUACAGGGCAUAUGGUCCAAAAGCAGAAACAUAGAGCUGGGGAGCAAAAUGUGGCAAACACAGCCAGUGACUUUGUCUGUUUAAACAGAGCUAUGAACAAUAGUGCAUCUUUGAGAUCAAAAGGAAAAGUAAUGGAUAAAAUUUACGUGCCACAUAGUAGCGCAGAAGAGGAGAAGAACUUGAGCACAAGAUGUCAAAAGACCGGUGGCCUGCAUGGUGAUCGAUCUAAUAAACUGAAGCUAAAGACUGCAACACCGAGAGCUACAGAGAAAGACAUGAUAUUUGCAAAAGGUGCAGGGUUAGUCAGUGAGAAGCCAAAGUCUACCAGUCCAAACUCUGUAAGGAAUGAGUCGCGGAGAAAGGCAGAGUCACGCAUUGCUUCCAGGGGUAACAAUUCGGGCAUCGUCUCCAUCGCUUCUAAUUCACCGAGAAAGGUUGUCUCCAAUUUGCUGAAUGGUCAUAGUAAAGGAUCAGAUAGUGUUAUUCUGGGAUCUCCAACUAGUUCCUGUCCUAAGAGAGACUCUAGUAGCGACUGCCAAAACAUGUCUUCACAAGGAGAAUUGGUCUCGAGGGAAGCUUUACAAGGCAUAUCAACCCUGGAAAGUGCAGAAUCAAUUUGCUUUAAUCGAAAUGAGUUCAGAAACAGAGAUAUUCUGCGCGACAGAGUAACAUCUUCAUUGUUUCAAAAGACAAGUGCAGCUCCUCCAAUGGAAGAGUCUCCAAACGAUGAAUUCCUAAGGCAGUGCCACUUAGUGGACAGUCUGCUUCAGGGCUUCAGAGACCUUCCUAGAAGUGUUGGAUUGCGUGGAACUCACAAAAUGCACGAGGCCACUACAAAAGCUAGCGAUCAAUCUCAUUAUACAGAUGAUGACCACAUUUCUGGGAGCCUUCCCGACACUGCAAGCACUGCAGCAGCAGAAGCUGGAUGGCGAAGCCAGCGUCGAUCGGAGACUUGCACAGUGCAAGAUGCAACCGCCAAAAGACACUCCAGGUGCGCAGAAACUAAAUUUGGCCAGGAUGGAGUGCAACUGUUCGAUCCGGCGUUCCGGAACAGCAGCCCGAAACACCCUGGAGAGGUUGCAGCAACUGUGGAGCUGCUACUAAAAAACGUUGGCCGGCCCACUCAACGGAGAUCAAAAGCGCAUCUCAAGGCGUUCCUCGUCCAGACAUCGGAGUCUGCUCUGACCACCCUGACGGCGAGCUCCAAGGAGAAGACGAAGAAGAAGAACGUCUUCUUCUCCAACGCCGGUGGAGACGGAGGAGGGAGGAGGAGCCCACUGGGAAAGCUCGCGUUCGAUUCCGCCAUGGAGUUGUUGGACACGAUGUUCAUCCAGUUCUGCGACUCGGGCUACAGGUCGUUCACCAGGCUGGCCCUGCUGGGCCCCGAGGAGAGGCUGGCCGCGCAGGUGAGCCGGGAGAUCGCCAGGUGCAGCGCCAUGGCCGGGAAGCCGCUGGACGACGUGAUCGCGAGCGACGUCCAGCACGCGGCGGCGGCCGAGGCCGGCGUGGGCUCGCUGCACGAGGUGUUCCAGAUUGGCGCCCAGAUCGAGCGGGAUUUGCUCCAGGAGCUGGUGGCCGAGAUCGGGGUAGAUGUGUUGAGACGGUUGUGAAUUUCCGUGGCCGAGAUGAAAUAUGUAUAUGUGACAUCCUGAUCAAUUUUGUUUUCCUUUUUUGGCUGUGUGCCACGCGUGUGGAAAGCUUGUGCUUACACGACCGCGGGGGCGCCACGUGACGCCUACACGUGAACACGACAACAGCGGUCGGCCGCAUAUGAGAUGCGAUGCAAUGCAGAUGCAGGUGUUUUACCGUGCUUUCUGUUGGCAUUAGAUCUUUAACUGGAUUGAAGGAGAGAAUCUGAACGACGGGCAUGUUCAACUGUGGAACCUAUAAACUCAAUCUCAAAAAAAAAAGAAAAUAUAUAGUACGGCAUGCCGUCCAGGACACGGGAUAGUUGAAUGACUAUCCGUUAAAUUGCUCCACGUUCUUCCGUCAAACUACUCCACGUCCUUCUAUCCAGAACCGGACGAAUAAAAAACAAACCACAGGUCUGUUUAUCUCUCUCCAUAUUUCUCCCCCGUGUUGACCAGUUGUAUGCGCUUCUCCAUAUUUCUCUCUCAUGUG